GCAAUUAAUAAUCUUCCAACUGCACAAUCGCGGAGGACUCGCAAGACUUUCGAGGCCCUCGGUCAAUUUGCUGUUUGAGUUUAUUGUUUUUCUCUUUAAAACGAUUGCGUAUCUAACAGUUUGACGAUUGCGAGGGAUUAAACAUAAGAUUGAAAAAUGAAAGACGCAUACAAUAUCAAGUUAGUGUCAUAUUUUCCGGAAAAUUCAGUGCGGACUUUUAAACGACUUGAACCAGAUCCGAAUUAAUGUAAUCAAUUCUUUAAUAACGCCGCUAUCUUGUUAACGUAGCGCUAUCAAUCUUUCAUAAUUUAAUGCAUUCGAGAUGAACCGGGGUCUAGUUAAAGAUGCCAUUGGGCCCCGUCCAGGCGAUGCUUGCACAGGCAAAGGAAAUCUGUCCGUUUUUUUCCCGCGCAUGUGUUUGCGGACCAAUCGAUUUCCUCGCGCGUACGUUUAUGCAAAUUCGUCUGGAUAUUCCUCAGGCCCGAUUCGCCGUUUUCACGGGGCGCGACGGCGCCGGUGGAGACGCGGCUUGCGCCACCUCGCUCUCGCUUUCACCCGCGCGCGUAAUCCCGACGCACGACUCCAUUUUGAAUUUUCUCGUGCAAGUGGGCACUUUUUCCGCGUGAGCCACAAUUGUCAGGGAGAUCGGCCGCCCUCGGAAAUGCUCACGAGGUAUAUCGGGAGGCUACGCCCGCCAAAGACGGGCAUCGUCGCGUGCGGCGCGCACAAAUGCACGUCAAUUUUAGAUACAGCGUCGAGAGCGGCGAUCGGGAAGCCUGCCAAAGUACAGGGAUGGGUACGCGCGCUGCGCAAGAUGAAAGAUAACGUCUUUGUCGACAUUUCCGACGGAUCGACGUGCGAAAUGUUGCAAGUCGUGAUGCCGAAGGCGCUGCGCCCCGACGAGCUGCGCUACGGCAGCAGCGUCAGCGUCGAGGGAGACCUCGCCGUGGCACCCAGCGGCCAGGUCGAGCUGCGCGCCACCGGGGUGCGCGUGCUCGGCGCGUGCAGCGUCGCCGAGGACGGGUAUCCCUUCGCGCCGAGAAAGAAAUACGAUCCGGACUAUGUCAGGCAGUACCCGCACCUGCGUCCGCGAACGCGCGGCUUCGCCAGCCUGCUGAGGCUGCGCGACCUCGCCGGCGCGGCGAUCGUCGAUCACCUGCGAGACCGGGGCUUCAUAAGCGUGCACACGCCGAUGUUGACGUCCAACGAUUGCGAGGGCGCGGGCGAGGUGUUUGUCGUCAGGCCGCAGUCCAAGGAGAUUCUAGAGAGUAUGAGGAAGGAGCGAGAUAACGAGGAGAAGGAGGGUCAGUCCGAGGACGAGGUCUACUUCGGCACCACCGCCUUUCUCACUGUCUCCGGACAGUUGCAUCUGGAGGCGGUAGCAAGAGCUCUCACGAAAGUGUACACUUUCGGGCCUACGUUCCGGGCGGAAAAUUCAAAGUCGAGAUUGCAUUUGUCAGAGUUUUACAUGUUAGAGGCGGAGCUGGCGUUUAUUACGCGUAUCGAGGAGCUGAUAGAGGAGGUCGAGCUCUUGGUGGCUCGAGUUACUGAGCGUAUGAUCGAGAAGGGCGCCCAGGAGCUGCGCGCGAUUGACGCCCCGGAGCCGCGAUGGUUGAACAAGCCGUUCGCACGCGUAACGUACGACGAUGCGUUCAACGUGUUGAACCAUCACGCGGAUCGAUUGCAACGAACCGCCAAGUACGGAGAGGCGUUUUCGAAAGAGCACGAACUGUUUUUAGUGCAGCAUAACGACGGGGUGCCGGUGUUCGUUGUUAACUGGCCGAAGACCAAUAAGCCAUUUUACAUGAAGGAGUGCGAGGACGAUGCAUCCAAGGUAGCGGCACUGGACCUGCUGGCGCCGAACGUGGGAGAAUUGGUGGGAGGCAGUAUGCGCGAGGACGAUUACGGGAAACUACAGCUAAAACUACCCCCCACGGGGAAUCUCUCGUGGUACUUAGACUUACGUAGAUAUGGCAAUGUACCAACAGGUGGCUUCGGAAUGGGCUUCGACAGAUUCUUGCAAAGCGUCCUAGGGAUCGGCAAUAUCAAGGAUACCGUGCCAUUCCCCAGAUGGCCGCACAAUUGCAAUUUAUGAAUAAAGUUUUCCAGGGUGUCGUGUCAUUUACUUUAUCCCCUAACAAAAAAAAAAAGAUGUGGCUAUGUAACAAGUCGAGCCAGCUUUCCAAUGGAAAAACAAUGUCGCGCGCAGUUGAUGAGAUGGAAGUCUUUUUCUACAAACGAUAGAGAUGUGCGCACACAGGUUUCUCGAUGGAUGCGGAGGUACGAUCGUAUUUGUAACUUAUUCUAAAUUUUUCAGGGAAAAGUUUGAAGACGUACGCAGUGGUUUCCAUUUUGAAUGCAGUUUAUUGAAUAUUGAGACAUACAACGAAAAUGUUAACUUUUUAUCAAUAUCUUUAUUGUUUCAAGUAUUCCUAGUUAUGAAUCGAAAUCCGUACCCUAAGUAGUUUUCCAAGCUAUAAUUAUUAAGGAUAUAGUAGAAAGGUUAAUUAAAAAGAAAGUCAAACCUGUAAUAAACAAGUCUUUUAUACAACAAAA